CUUUUGAGACUCAUAUAUAAGUAGUUUAACCAGUUUAAAAGUCUUUAGUCUUAAGACUCUUAACUGUUAAACCUAUUAUAUAGGAAUUUAUUGGAAAUUUGAAAUUUGAAGUUUGAGUAUUGGAAAGUCGUGGAAAACUAUUUGUCAUUUUGAGAGUGUCACAGAUCAUGAACGGCGAGUUAAAUGGCAAUCAUGUCAUACAAUCAAUGGAUUAUAAUACAAAUGAUAAUAAUAAUAGACAGACAGUAAGACUACGAGCGGCCACCUAUUUAUCGCCCAGUAUUCCCAUCGAGUAUUUUGAGAUUAUUCUGGAUUACCUGAAAACACGGUUGGGUUACAUCGACACGAGUUUGCGAUACGAGUCCAACACACGUAACAUAAUUCAAGUCUUUGCCGACAAUGAGAUAGAUAUCGCGUGGAUCAGUGGCACAUCCCAUAUACAACUGGCACAGAAAGGAAAGGCUGCUCUACUGCCGGUGUCAUCCGUGCACAUACAUCCCGACGCUGCGGACAGUGCC